UUGUCUCCAGAGUUAAACCCAGUAGAUGGAUCCGUAAACAAGUCCCAGACUCUGUGUCCUUGACCCGAGCCUUCUUGUCUAUGCUGCGCCGCCACGAGUGAACAGGAACCUCCGUCUUGGAGCCACGUUAACUCUCUCACCACAGAAAUAGAAGCCACUUCCACUGUGGAAAUGCAACAGGACACCUGAUCUUUGCCUGUGCCCGCGGCUACUGGUGAACCCCAAGUCCCUCGCUGUCAGAAUGUCAAGUGGAGGAACUACAGAAACAAGAAACACGAAGGAAUCGUGUUUGAAAACUUCAAAGAGGGCUUGCCCACAAAGAGUUAAAUUGCAGCAGUCUCUUUUCCAAAUCAGAUACGCUGUAAUGCCAAGUUUGUUGUUCACUGGAAUCUUUCAAGUUUUUGUUUUGAUGCAUAGCUUUGAGCAAAGCUAAUGUGUGAUUGGGGAGUGGGUGCAGGGUGGACUCUGACUGGAGAUGGGCGCGCUGUAUUGUCGACUUUAAGAGCUGGGGAGUCGUCGGCAUCAAAGGGGAAGUUUCACUUCCUGGUGCUCCUGAACUCACAUAGUUCACGGAUUGCUGGCGGAGAGCGAAUGGGUGGGUGGUUGUGGGGUGAGAGAGGGAAGUGAGUAUUUCUCCUAACUCAGGUUGCGAGAGAGGCAGAGAACGGGGUAAGAUCUUUGGUAAAAGCUGUUCGUGGCGUUUGCGAGUCCCGCCACAGACUCAAGAUUGUGCAGAGUGUGUCCUAUGAAGAAGGGUCUCGACCAGAAACGUCACCCAUUCCUUCUCUCCAGAGAUGCUGCCUGUCCCGCUGAGUUACUCCAGCAUUUUGUGUCGACGGUGUCCCAUCACCCUGGAGUAGCAAGCGCCUGGGAAGUUGGGCAGGAAACUCUCCCCCUCCUGUCGGAGAGCGUUCUGUGGUGGAGCCGAUGGCACUAUGACUCUGACAAGAUCGUGAAUGAAGAGACUUGACAUCUUGAAGUCAGAGGGACAAAUGUUUCACUGCACAGAUCGCAUGUUGUUCAAACAGGGCGCGAAUGUGGAACUGUGACAUUUUGGAGCAGAAACCAGGUUUCUUUCUUUUCAAUUUAGUUCAGUUUAGUUUAUUAUCACGUGUACUGAGGCACAGUGAAGAGCUUCUGAUGCGGAAAGACAACACAUCAUUGCAAUCGGGUCAUUCACAGUGAUUAUUGGAUUGCAAAUUUUACGAACUUAGACAUCUGUCGAAGAGAGAGGGAGGGGGGAAGAUUCUACAGUUUCCAUAGAACUUCAGGUGCUAAAGUUAAAUACUUCAGAUUUUGAUUAUCAAACGAAGAUAACACGGGAAGGACAUGGUGAUUAUCGACCCACCCCUGCAUUGAAAGUGGCUGUCCCGUAUAAACACUGCGCUGAAGAAGGGUCUCGACCUGAAACAUCACCCAUCCCUUCUCUCCAGAUAUGCUGCCUGUCCCGCUGAGUUACUCCAGUACUUUGUGUCUAUCUUCGGUGUAAAGCAGCAUCUGCAGUGACAUAUCCGUAUCUCACCGCGUGUUUGGAGCAGGCCAGGUUGGAGAAUGUCCGGGGCAUUGCGACCACCCCCGUCCCUGGCAGAGUUCUCUCUACCCCCGGUACACUUCCACGGCCCUCUGGGUGUCACCACGGUGCGGACAGAAGUGGAGGGCGAUGCGUUCGUCCCAAACGUUGCCGGCUCGCCCAGCUGGGACGUGUGCCGCCCCCGGCUGCCCGGGAUGAUCGGACCCCAGUCUCCACGCUGCUCCCCACGGAACUCACCCCGGCUCUUCCGCAAACUGCUGCUGAACAAGAACAUCCGAGAAUACCGGCGCCACUCGAGUGUCCACUUUUGUUUUGAUGUUGAGAAUGGCCCGUCUCCAGCUCGGAGUCCGAUGGACGCACAAGCGAGUCCAGGACUGGUCCUUCAUCCCCAGAGCCAGCGCCGGGAGUCAUUCCUCUAUCGGUCGGACAGCGACUACGACAUCUCACCCAAAGCAAUGUCUCGAAAUUCCUCCGUGAACAGUGAUGUUCAUACCGAGGACCUUAUCGUCACACCUUUCGCACAGAUCCUAGCGAGUUUGCGCAGUGUGAGGAACAACUUCACUGUCCUGGCCAACACACAGGGGCCUCCAAACAAGAGGUCUCCUGUGACACCGCAGCCUGCACUCUGCACCCUAUCAGAUGAAACGUACCAGCAGCUGGCAAAGGAAACGCUGGAGGAGUUGGACUGGUGUCUGGACCAGCUGGAGACCAUCCAGACCUACCGGUCGGUCAGCGAGAUGGCCUCGACCAAGUUUAAGAGGAUGCUGAACCGGGAGCUGACCCACCUCUCAGAGAUGAGCCGGUCUGGCAACCAGGUGUCAGAGUAUAUUGCCAGCACCUUCCUUGACAAUCAGAACGAGGUGGAUAUCCCACCGCCCACCCCGAAGGAACGGGAGAAGAAAUCGAAGCAGCCCAUGUGCCAGAUCAGUGGCGUGAAGAAACUGACCCACAGCUGCAGCCUGAAGGUCACCAACUCGUCCAUCCCCAGGUUGGGAGUGAAGACCCAGCAGGAAGAAGCACUCAUCACGGAACUGAAUGACUUGAACAAAUGGGGCCUUAACAUAUUCCGGGUAUCUGAGUUCUCCAACAACAGGCCGCUCAGCUGCAUCAUGUACGCCAUCUUCCAGGAGAGGAAUUUGUUUAAGACGUUCCAGAUCCCAGUGGACACGUUCCUCACCUACAUCAUGACGCUGGAGGACCAUUACCAUGCCGACGUGGCGUACCACAACAGCCUGCACGCUGCCGACGUCACCCAGUCCACACACGUACUGCUCUCAACACCCGCCCUCGAGGCUGUCUUCACGGACCUGGAAACCCUCGCUGCUCUGUUUGCCGCCGCCAUUCAUGAUGUGGAUCACCCGGGUGUCUCCAACCAGUUCCUCAUCAACACCAACUCGGAGCUGGCCCUGAUGUACAACGACGAGUCCGUGCUGGAGAACCACCACCUGGCCGUGGGCUUCAAGCUCCUUCAGGAGGAAAACUGCGACAUCUUCCAAAAUCUCCCCAAACGCCAGCGGCAGAACCUACGCAAAAUGGUAAUCGACAUGGUGCUGGCCACAGACAUGUCCAAACACAUGACGCUGCUGGCAGACCUGAAGACCAUGGUGGAGACCAAGAAGGUGACCAGCUCCGGGGUCCUGCUGCUCGACAACUACACGGACCGCAUGCAGGUGAUGAAGAACAUGGUUCACUGCGCUGACCUGAGUAACCCCACCAAGCCUCUGGAGCUGUACCGGCAGUGGACUGACCGCAUCCUGGAGGAGUUCUUCCGUCAGGGCGACCGCGAGCGGGAGCGAGGGAUGGAGAUCAGCCCCAUGUGUGAUAAACACACGGCCUCGGUGGAGAAGUCACAGGUGGGUUUCAUUGACUACAUUGUCCACCCUCUGUGGGAGACGUGGGGCGACCUGGUGCACCCCGAUGCCCAGGAUAUCCUGGACACACUGGAAGACAACCGCUACUGGUACCAGAGUAUGAUCUCUCAGAGCCCGUCGCCACCACCAGACGAGCCGGGCCGGGGAGAGGAGGCGUGCACAGACAAGUUCCAGUUUGAGCUGACGCUGGAGGAGGAGGAGUCGGAUCCGUCGGACAAGGAGCGGAACAGCGCUGGGGAGGAGGAUGCGGGCUGGCAGAGCUCGGAGGAGUUGGUGGCUGGCACCGUGGGGGCAGGAGGAGAGACGGGGUUGGAUCCCAAUGGCAAGGACUCAUCGCCCGCGGAGACAUAAAUACGGAAGGCCAGCGCGCGCGGGACUGACCACGCGGGUGGAGCUUGUCUUUUUCUGGAGACGUGCGAGCCAACUGUAGAUCGGGAGCCAGGCCCGUGGGCCUGAUUCUGCCAUCAGCGCGCCCCCCGAAACACUCAGGAAACUCAGAGCGGGAAGGGGCCGGAGAUCACAGCCAUUCUUUGCCCGCUUUGGACAACAGCACGGGUAAAUGGGGCGAGGGAAAGGAGGCUUCGAAACAACAUUCACCACCCACCCUCUCGCCCUACCCCCACCCCCACCCCCCCGACCACCUCCCCUACGAAACAACGAACUGAAUGACAUGGUGGAGGGGUCGGAAUGUUACCGGGAGUCACUUCAAUCCAGCACCUGGGUUCUGAAGAGGCUGCCCGUAUCUGGGGAGUGCCUUUCCUAGAUUUACCUACAAGCUUUGUCUUGGUAGUUAAGUCAAGCAAUGAGUUAUUUUAUUUUUAAGGUUAUAUUUUAUGUACUCUUACUUCUAAUUUAUUCUGCAGAGUUGGAUCAAUGAAUGGAUCAAUUAGCCAGGGGCUUUGAGUGGACCCGGUUUAACACUAAACUCUGCUCCUCAGUU